CAAAAUCAGAAGCUGACCAAAGAGGAGGACGCUGUUGCGCGCUAUGUUCGGUUCAACUGUCCGACCAAAACAACAAUGUUUGAGGGCAAUGAACAAAAUCAGAAGCUGACCAAAGAAGAGGACGCUGUUGCGCGCUAUGUGCGAUUCAACUGUCCGACCAAAACAACAAUGUUUGAGGGCAAUGAAGUUCAUUAUUUCACUGGUGCGAAGGCAGUGGAUACGUUGUACGAGUCGAAAAAAUACGGUCAUGCAGCGAAGAAUGUGAAAUUUCCCACUCGACAGGCUGCUGUAAUGUUUAUGAGGACACUUCUUGAAAAGGGCCUCCUUUUUCGCGCAAGAAAGCUUGUCCCCAAGAAGCGAGAUGACAAGGAUUUGAAAGAAAAGGCUCGUGGUGAUGCGAGUAAGUCACCGAAAAAGAAGCCCGUGAAAGAGGGAUAUUCGGAAAAGGAAAAGAAAGAGGAGGGGAAAAAAGAAAGUGACGAGAACGAAGAUGAAAAUGAGAAAGAAAAAGGGGAAAAAAAGAAAAAGGACGAAGAGGAAAAAAAGAAGCGGAAGGUGAAGUUAGAGUUGCAUCAGGAGCAGACGUUCAAUGAUUCAAACGAUGUUUAUGUGUGGAUUUUUGAUCCAACACCACUAUUUAAAAAAGUUAUUGGUGCUCUUAUGGUGCUGGGGACGAUAGCGGGUUGUUUAUUUCCACUUUGGCCAAUGUGGCUCCGUCAGGCUGUGUAUUAUCUUUCGAUUGCUGGUUUGGCCUGCUUUGGCUUACUCAUCGGUGUUGCUGUCGCACGGACAAUUUUAUUUGCGAUAAUUUGGGCGGUUACAAUGGGCCGACAUAAACUGUGGUUGUUGCCGAACUUGACCGAAGACUGUGGCUUCUUCGAAUCAUUCCAGCCGUGGUACACCUAUGAAUAUUGCCCAGGCGGCAUCAUUGCUAGUGGUAAAAAGAAGAAAAAAACAACGGAUGGAAAAAAGAAAUCCGAUGAUGAGGAACCUUUGCUGGAUAAAAGCGCCAAAGCUGGUGACCAGGAGAAGUCGGUCAAGGACGAAAAUUUAGCUGAGAGAAAAUCACAAAAAACUGUUAGUGAACAGGGCAAAAAUGCUGGCGCAGGAAAUGGAGAGCUCGGAAAUGGGGAUGAAAGCGACGAAACAGAUGAGGAAUCGGACGGAAGUUCGAAUUCCGACGAUAAAAGUAGUGAAGAAUCAGGUGGAUCAGCAACAAAUAUUGGUGAGCAAGCCGGUGAUGCGAGAGGUGACACACGAAAAGCGCGUCUAAGGAGGCGAGUGAGAAAAGCAGAUGAUGAUUUCAUACUUGUUGAUAAGUGA